UUAACAAAUCAGUAUAUCUUCUUGAAAGUUUUCAUGAUAACAAUGUCAUAUUUGUGUUUACACUUUCUCUUGGUACUCUUACUUUCAAGCGUCUUAAUGAUAAAUGGUGGACUUGCUGGUUGUCAUCACCACCAGAUUCAAUCACUUCUUCUGUUCAAGAACGAGUUUGAUUCUCGCAGUUGCAACCGCAGAGACUACUUUAACGGAGUCCAGUGCGAUAACACGACAGGCGCAGUCACAAAGUUACAUAUCCCAAGCGGUUGUCUCACUGGUAUACUCAAGCCAAAUAGUAGUCUCUUUGGAUUUAACCAUCUUCGUUAUCUUAAUCUCUCUCACAACAACUUCACGUCUUCAUCACUCCCUUCAGAAUUCAGUAAUCUCAACAGAUUAGAGGUUUUGUCUCUUUCCUCUAAUGGCUUCACUGGUAAAGUUCCUUCCUCUAUUAGUAACCUAAGCCUGCUUUCCUCUUUAGAUAUUUCCCAAAACGAGCUCACCGGUAGUUUUCCACUUGUACAUAAUCUCACCAAGCUUUCUAUUUUAAACAUUUCCCAUAAUCACAUCUCUGGAAACAUCCCUUCUUCUCUACUCAUGAUGCCUUUCUUGUCAAUAGUUGAUUUGACUGGGAACCAUCUCACCGGUUCUAUUGACAUUCCAAACUCCUCCUUUUCAUCUAAGCUAGAGAGCCUACGCCUUGGAGAUAACGAAUUUGAUGCACAAAUCCUAGAGCCUAUCUCAAAGUAUACCACCCUCAAAGAUCUUGAUCUUUUUUACCUAAACACAAGCUACCCAAUUGACCUAAGGAUCUUCUCCUCUCUCAAGUUAUUGACAAAUCUUCGUUUAUCCGGAAACCAAUUAUUACCAGCCAGUUUAAGCUCACGUUCAAACAUCCCACUGAACUUGGAGAACCUGGCCUUGUCGGGCUGUGGCAUCAGUCAGUUCCCAAACGCCUUGAAGCGCCUUCAAUCCUUGAAGCUUUUAGACAUUUCCAACAAUCAGAUCAAAGGGAAAGUCCCUGAGUGGUUAUGGAACCUUCCUCGUCUGCGAACAGUCAGUCUUGCCAGUAACUAUUUGACAAGUUUUGAAGGUAGGGGAGAUGUUUUAGAGAAUUCGUCAGUGAAGAUUUUAGAUUUGGCUUUAAACCAUUUCACUGGACCAUUACCUAACCCACCACUCUCUAUCAACCUUUUAUCUGCAUGGAACAAUACUUUCACAGGAAACAUACCUCUUGAAAUAUGCAACCGAAACUCUCUUACUGUUCUUGAUCUAUCCUACAACAACUUAACCGGUGCAAUUCCUCAAUGUUUGAGUAACUUCCGAGACUCUCUCACUGUAGUGAAUCUUCGGAAGAAUAACUUGGAAGGAAGUAUUCCGGAUAUGUUCCAUGAUGGUGCCUCGCUGCGGACACUUGAUGUUGGCUAUAAUCAACUAACCGGGAAGCUUCCAAGAUCUCUUAUGAAUUGCUCCUCGCUCAAGUUUGUAAGUUUGGACCACAACAAGAUUAAAGACACAUUUCCUUUCUGGCUCAAGGCUUUGCCUGAUUUGCAAGCCCUUACCCUCCGUUCAAACAAGUUCUAUGGUCCUAUAUCUACUCCCGUUAAAGGUCCUCUCGCGUUUCCCAAGCUGCGCAUACUUGAAAUCUCAGAUAACAACUUUACCGGAAGUUUGCCACCAAAUUUCUUUGUGAAUUGGAAGGCAUCAUCGCUCCAAAUGGAUGAAGGUGGGAGAAUCUAUAUGGGAGACUACAACAAUCCUUACUAUAGCUAUGAAGAUACAUUAGAUUUGCAAUACAAAGGUUUAUUCAUGGAGCAAGGGAAGGUCCUUACUUCCUAUGCGACCAUCGAUUUUUCUGGGAACAAACUCGAAGGACAGAUUCCUGAAUCUGUUGGACUCUUGAAGGCAUUGAUUGCACUCAACCUCUCAAACAACCUAUUCACAGGUCAUAUUCCACUGUCUUUGGAAAAUGUUUCAGAGCUUGAGUCACUUGAUCUUUCAAACAACCGACUCUCAGGGACAAUUCCUGAAGGACUUGGGAGCCUCUCGUUUUUGGCGUACAUAAGCGUGGCUCAUAACCAACUCAAGGGUGAAAUACCACAAGGAACACAGAUUAUUGGGCAACCUAAAUCUUCUUUUGAAGACAAUGCAGGGCUUUGUGGUCUUCCUCUCGAAAAAACCUGCUUUGGCACUAGUGCACCUCCAAUACAAACUCAUAAGCAAGAAGAUGAAGAUGAAGAAGAAGGAGAACAAGUUUUGAACUGGAAAGGAGUGGCGGCUGGAUAUGGGCUUGGAGUAUUGCUUGGAUUGGCAAUAGCACAAGUCAUUGUUAACAUACAAGCGUUAGGAUCAUUUCGAUUUUUGCUUUUAAUCUCUCAAUGCCUAUCAAAUUGUUGAUAUGGUAAUGAAGA